AUGAAUGACACUACUGCAGAACCUACUUACUCCUAUCCACAUCGCCCAGCACGGAUAUCCUUCAAUAUUACGCGCGAGCUACACAUUGCAUGCUUACUGGAUGAUGCUGAGCGGGUCACUGAAUUGCUUGCGAUGGGAGCAAAUCGCGAUGCCGUUAGCCACGCUGGUUAUUCUGCGCUUGACAUAGCUGAAUUGCUGAACCGAGUGCGCGUUGUUAAACGUCUUUUGGCACAUGUGAAUAUCCGAGAGACCGGAAUGCUAGAGCUCAUGUACGCUAUCCGUCAGGGUAGGUCGACUGUUGUACGAGCUUUGCUGGAAAUGGGUCUUAAUGACCAGCUUCAGGACGAGGUGUUGUUCCGUGGUGUUUUCUUCAUGGCGUGCUAUAUUGGAACGACCUUUGUCAUCAAUGCUCUGGUCAAAUAUGGCCCAGGUCUUUCUAUCUCUCCUUUAGAGGAUACGUUUUUUCAUGUUGCCAUGUUUCUGGACAAUAGAGAAGUAGCUGAUACGAUUCGUGAUAUUGCUGACAUUGAACGUCGCAACAUGUUGAGAGGCGUCGAGGCACAUAUGCUUUCAAGUUCGUACUUGGAGACGACUGAGGACACCGACAAGUUCUUUUCUGGUUUCCUGAAUGACCCUAACUCAUCCGACUUUGACGCAUCUCCUGAGAACGAUAAAUAG